AUGAAGCAACCGUUUAUCACACAGAUAGCGCAAUCUCCACUGGAAGGAUGGCCAAGCUCAGUGCUUCACACUGAUAAGUUCACGCUUGUCGGGACAUCAGAUGGUCAUAUAGUACAGUACAGCGAUACACUGCAAUUACAAACAUCCAUCCCGGUUUCGAGAGCGCCUAUAGAGCAUAUUAGUCAGAUCUCGUCGAACUACGUCGUGUUGGCUGGUGGAGAAGUGACUGUGUAUGAUGAGACUUUUGAUGAGUUGGAAAAACUGCCCUUUAAAGACAUUCUGGCCCUUGAUGUUAAGCAUGGUAAGCAGCCAUCGUUGGCGAUAGCUACAAAGUACACAUUGAUUGUUUACACUUACUGGGAUCAUCUGGAGAUGACUGCACAGCACAAGUUUGCAGAGAAGCUGGUGGCUGUUAAGUUUGUUGCCGAUGGUGUAAUAGCAGCGUCAAAUACAAGCUUUUACCGUGUUAAUGAGAAUGAUGAAAGUACAACAAAACUGGAUGUUCCAUCUUCAGGGUUUUCAAUCCUAACAAAGAAUGUUUCUAUCUUGGACUCCUCUCAGGGCAUCAUAUUGUCGAGGGGGUCAUCCAAGCUACUCUACUCGAAGAAAUUGGGCCCUAAAAGAAUGACAUUUACUGGUGAUGCUCAAGCAAUUGUGGAACCUUUCAUUAUUGCAAAGACUGGUAAUCACAUUCACGCAUAUGAUAUUCAAAGGAACAAGCACUGGUUUACCCAAAAGGUAGAUAAGCUCUUGCUUGUUGCUACAUAUGAUAGAGAAAUAGUUACAGUCUCAAAGACUUCAAUUUCCAAAUUUGUGCUGAAACCAGACAAAGAGAUCAUCAAUUCAAUAUCAGAUAUCCAAAGUGCCAUUGACCUUAUAAGUCAAAUGAACUAUCAAGAGAAGCAUUUGAAGUUAAGGCAGUUACAAGUCCAACUGGCCACUGAUCUUUUCAAAAGGGGAGAUAUAUCCUCAGCAAUGGACAAGUUCAUCGAAUUCUGCGCAUGUCCUUUGGAAGUUAUUGAACUUUACCCUCGCUAUAUUUCUCAAAGGGAUAUAUCGAUAUCAAACGAGGACGAGCUCGAUAAAAAAUCAGUAGAACUACUGACAUAUUUCCUAUCUGACUGCAGAAGAAAGAUCUCCAAGCUGAUUAAUGCACCAGAGAAUAAACUUCCAUAUAAAAAUGGUUCACUUACGUUGGACCUGUUCACAGAUUCUAAUCAUUCCAUCGACGAAAUCCGAACAGCUGUCGAUACCACACUAUUCAAGUGUUAUACACUGAUAAACCCUGGUUUGAUUGGAUCCCUUAUUCGCGUUGACAACCACUGUGAUCCUCAACUUGUUGUCACUACAUUAAAGAAGGCCCAUGCCGUGGAUGAGCUCAUUGAUUUUUACUUUAAACGAGGCCUUCACGAAGAAGCUCUCCAUAUGCUUAGUGACACUUCAACUGACCAAGUGGUGAAAUACUUACAAAGGCUCAAGAACGAUAACUUGAACUUGAUAAUGAAAUAUGCUUCACCUGCUAUUGAUAAAGAAGAAGGGUACGGUAUUCAAAUUUUUAUCAACUCACCAUAUUCGGAUGAAUUUGACAGAUAUACCGUGAUGAAAUACUUGGAGAAGCACGACACUCUAGAAAGAAUGUUUCUUGAGUAUAUCGUCUAUGAGCUUCAUGAAAAGGCUACGAUUUUCCAUACGAAAUUGGCGCUGCUAUAUCUUGAGAAACUGCAGCCAGAUCCAGAUGAUCUUGUGUACAAGAAGAUGUAUAAGUUUCUCCAAAUCGGGAACUAUGACAAGAGAAAUGUCUUGAGCAAGUUCCCAUCGUCUGAUUCUCCAUCAUUGAUUCUUUUAAAAUCUUUUAUCUUGUCAGGAAUGGGGUUGCAUAAGCAAGUGCUCGACAUCCAAGUCAAUAGCCUUAAGAAACCAGCGUUGGCAAUACAAUACAUUAGAGAACACAACACACAAGAACUGUUUUUGGAACUGCUGUCGUUGUUACAACGUAACAAUGACAAAGAUUCGACCUUACGUCUGUUGUCGUCUACCACAACGUCAACGCCAAUCUCUGCUGUGCUUGAUCUAAUGCCAAGUUUCAAAGUACAUGACUUGGAGAAUUACCUUACAAAAUCUAUUCGUAUACAGCAAAAGCAAAAGCGUAUAGUGCAGCUAGAGAAGAAUCUUUUAGAUGUUGAAAGAGUAUCCACUGCUUUGGAUUUGAUGCAAAAGGAAAAUCAGAAAGUCAAUGUCGAUCAAAGCACAAUGUGCGAGAUAUGUGGAAGAAGAAUUGGAGGAAGUGUACUUCUUUGGGAUGCUGGCGAACAACACGUUAGACAUUUCGGUUGCAAGAAACCUACAAAGAAUAACAAACUGAAUAUCUUAUCAAUGACUGACUACGAUGAUGAGAAGGAUUUGGUAGUGUCUUGA